UCUGCCGACCAGACUAUGAAGACUGUCAAGUUGGCAUCUACUAAGUAUUACGAUGGUCUUCCCACCACUGGUGAUUCUACCGGUCGUGCCUUCCGGGAUCUUUACUGGGAGGAGAGACUUCUCAAGAACUGCCAGGAACUCGGUAUCGGUGCUCAGUUCGGCGGCAAGUACUUCGCGCACGAUGUACGCGUUGUCCGUCUCCCUCGUCACGGUGCCUCUUGCCCUGUCGGCCUCGGUGUUAGUUGCUCGGCUGAUCGUCAGUGCCUCGCUAAGAUAACCCCCGAGGGUGUCUUCAUCGAGAAGCUCGAGAAGAAUCCCGCCAAGUACAUGCCGGAUUUUGUUGGUGAUAAUGAUGAGGCUGUCAAGAUCGAUUUGAACUUGCCCCAGAAGGAGGCUCUCGCCACCUUGAGCAAGUAUCCUGUUAAGACUCGUGUUGCCCUCACCGGUACCAUCAUCGUUGCUCGUGAUAUAGCCCACGCUAGAAUGAUGGACAUGCUUCAGAGCGGCAAGGGGCUUCCCGACUACAUCAAGAAGUACCCUGUGUACUACGCUGGCCCUGCCAAGAAGCCUGAUGGAAAGCCUUCUGGUUCCUUCGGACCCACCACCUCCAACCGUAUGGACCCUUACGUUGAGCCCUUCCAGGCCAACGGUGGCUCCAUGAUCAUGAUCGGUAAGGGUAACCGUAGCGAUAUGGUGACUGAUGCUUGCAAGAAGCACGGUGGUUUCUAUCUCGGCUCCAUCGGUGGUGUUGCUGCUAUUCUCGCUGACAAAAGCAUCAAGAAGGUCGAGUGCCUCGAUAUGGAGGAGCUCGGUAUGGAGGCCGUGUGGAAGAUCGAUGUCGUCGACUUCCCUGCUUUCAUCAUUGUUGAUGAUAAGGGUAACGACUUCUUCAAGAUGGGCAAUGCUAGCGAACAGAAGAUGACUUUCUCUCACUAG